AAAAAAAGUUUAUGCCAAAAGGGGUGUGGGCUUGCAUUGCAUCACGAGAAGGCUGAAGAAGGCAGCAAAAAUAAAUUGGAACUUCCCGCCUUGCCCGCAAGGUGCAGCGAAAUCAGUGAAAAAGCAACACUGUUAUCGAUUUCCAAAUCCCAGUCGGGAGAAAAAUGGUGCGAACUUCCUCUUCAAAGAAGCCGCCGAUUGCAGAGACCCCAGAAGCCACAGAGCGGAAAAGACUGAAGAAAUUAGCUUUGAAAAACAACUUACUUUCCGACACACCGGCCACUCCCAAGUCUUAUGUUCCUCUCAGCCCAUCGAAGCUAGUAAUGAAGCACCAUGGCAAAGAUAUUCUCAGGAAAUCUCAGAGGAAAAACCGUUUCCUUUUCUCCUUUCCCGGACUCCUUGCUCCCAUUUCUGGUGGCAAGAUCGGCGAGCUCAAGAAUUUGGGCUCCAAAAACCCUAUCCUCUACCUUGAUUUCCCUCAGUUUUUGGUUUCAGGGUCAAAUGAAGUUGUUUGGGACAAUUGUGUAUCCGAAGAACAGGUAUUUGACUUUGUUGUUCUCUCGUGGGGGAAAGAACGUUAUGUGUGAGGAUUAUUUUGACAACAUGAUUGUAUUCUCUGAUGCAUGGUGGAUUGGAAAAAAAGAUGAGAACCCAGAAGAAGCCCGACUUGAUUUUCCAAAGGAACUAUGUCAGGGACAGCAGAUGGAAUAUGACUUUAAAGGUGGUGCAGGGGUGGAAUCCGUUAACAAGCAAGACACUCCUAGAACAGAAAUAAAACAGGUUGAAAUAGAGUCCCUUGAUAAUGAGUCUGGAGAUGCUUUAUCAGAUGAUGACAAUGACUUGACAGCUAAGAUGGAAGUGACGCCAACUCGGCACUCUGCAAGAAAUGCUGGAAAAAGAUUCAAAUUUGCUGAGGCUUCUUCUGAGGAUGACCCUGUCAGAAGUGAUGCUGAACCAUCAGAUGGAGAAGAGAAGAAAGUUGGCAAGAAACUUCAUUUAACUGAAAAUGAUACUAUUGGAAAGACUAUUAGUUCCGCUUCUCUGGUCCUUAAGUCUGAUGCUGCAGAAGAUAGCCAGAUCCCCGAACAAAUUCAAACUUCUCUAACUUCAGUGUCCAAGUCUAGAAAAAUAUCUAAGUCAACUGUUACAGUGACUAAAUCUAAGGAAAACUCAAAGGCAAAUCGUGGUUCACUUGUUCAACCUACCAUUUCUACAUUAUUUAAAAAAGUGGGAGAAAAGAAGGGACCUAGAGGUUCAGAUAAAUCUUCAUCCACAAAAGUUCUUGGCAAGAAGUUGCAGUCCAAUAAUUACAAAAGGAAGAUUGAUCAGACUGAGGGAUCUAGCAAAAAGGGAAAGGUAAACGAAGAAAAAACCACUGGGACAGGAAUCAAAAGAAAGAAGAAAGAAUUAGAGGAUGAAGAGGACAUCGAAGAAAUCUCAAGCACAUCAGAGGAUGCUAAUGGAAGUGAUGAAGAUUGGACUGCUUGAGAUUAUAAUACCAGUAUCAUAAAUAUAGGAAUGCCAAAGCAAAUUCAAGCCUAUACUUAGUGAAAGUGAUGAAGACUGAAAUGAUGAGAAAAAGAUUGUGACAACCAUGAUGGUGGGUUUCUAUAGGGGCUCAAAACUUUUCAAUUGAUAUUGUAGAAUUAGUCAUAAUUAUUUGUUUGAGUGGCAGAGUUAGUCAUAAUUGGCAUAACCAUGAUGGUUAUGUUAUUACUUGUUUUAGAAUUUCAAAGAUCACAUGUACCACAUUUCUCCUCACUUAGAAUAGUUCUUCAGUUGGUUGCUUAUCAGAAGAAAAGGCAAGCUUUCUUUGAUUAUUGGAUUCUCUAAAGGGUAAAACCUGUUGUUAUGGGAUUCAAGACAAAAAUAAAGAUCAAUCCUUUUUUUUUUGUUA